UCCUGUUGGGUGGUCCCUGUAAUUCCUGCCAGUUUUGCAGGGAUGUGCUGGGUAGCAAGGAAGAUGGCUGCAAACUAUGCUGUUCCUGAACAGCCUGCGAGUCCCCUGGGACUGCAACCCUGGGCUGCGCUACGCAGCUGUGACAAAAGCAGGAUCGUAACCAGCCAUCCUGUCCAAGCUUAAUGGACACCAUGUGGGAGAUGGUGCCAUGAGCAGCACCUUGUGUCUCUGUGUUCUCCAGGGAGAGACGGGUGGACAGGGCAGAGGGUGGCUCCAAUCGCCCAUCCUAGCGCUUCCUCGGUUGCGCGGACAUGCGUGUCUGCAUUAGGCAAGAUGCUGGCCAACUUCUGUCUUGGAGGGCUCUGCAGUUUGAGGAUGCGUCACCAUUUCUGGUGUAUUUCCAUGACUAAACACGAAAAUCUGCCGCUCCCUCCUGUCACCCGUUCAGUGAGAUGGCCACGCUGAGUGUAAAGCCAGGACAGAGGUUCACCUUGCCCGACUGGCACACCAACUCCCAUCUCAUCUCGGCUGAUGCUGAACGCCAGCGUUCUGCUUCCCACCAAGUCCGGCAGGAAGCCCGAGCUCUCCGCAAUGAAACCAACAACCAGACUGAAUGGGAUGAGCAUGACAACCGCACCCGCCUAACGGAACGGAUCGGCAGCGUGAGCAGAUGGAGGGAGACCCUGGACAAAUGCCUUGCAGACAUAGAUGCGGAAAUUGAUGCCUUAGCCAAAGUGAAGGAAGCAGCAGAACGUGCCCUCCAGGCAAAGAACUUGCCUUUGGAUGUUUCCAUUGAGUGCCUGACGCUCCGGGAGAGCCGCCGCGCCAUCGAUGUGGUUAGGGACCCUGUGGAGGAGGAGCUGCACAAGGAGGUGAAGGCGAUAGACACAGCCAAGAGAGAACUGCAGCAGAGAGUGGACGAAGCCUUCGAACAGCUCUGCCUCUUGCAGGAAGCUCGCCAGCAGCUGAGCUGUGACCACCGGUGCAAGACAGAAGCAUUGGAACUAGAUCGCGUGUGUUUAUCCCUCAGCGUGAACUCUCCCAACAUCUCCUUCAAGGUCAACCCAGUGCGGGUCCCGGAUGGAUCGACUACACUUGAUGAGUGGGAACAGAAUAGCCAACAUAACAAGGAACAUGCUGAGGCAGAAAUGAAAGCCUCGACUAAGCUCCGAGAAGCAACAGUGCUUACCAUUGCGCAGACAAACAACGUGCUGGAGGCUCAGCGCGUAGCUACGGAGUUUGCCUUGCGCAAGAGGAUAAGAGACCUGGAAAGAGCCUAUGAUGAGCUGAAAUGGCAGGAGCAGAAUACUUUGGAGGAAAUUGCUGAGAUGGAGGAGGACAUCCGACGCUUGGAGGAAGAUCUUAGAAGGAAAAUGCAAGAUCUGAAGGUGGCACACACCCGCCUGGAGACACGCACGUAUCGGCCCAAUAUGGAGCUCUGCCGGGAUCAGGUCCAGUACGGGCUCACAGAUGAGGUCCACCAGCUGGAGGGAACGAUCCGUGCGCUCAAACAGAAGCUGGCAGAGUCGCAGGAUGCCUUGGACGCUCUUUACAGACAACUUCACCGCAUUCAGACAGAUAUUGGCUACAAAGCCAAUUCCCUGGUGCUGGACAACAAGUGCAUGGACAGCCGGAGAAAGCUCGUGGUCCCUGCUGAGAAACCUGUCCCAGAGAUUGACACUUUUAACCGGACCACGAACCGUGCGCUCUCCCCGCUGAAGAACGGGGAGUUGGCUUAG